UGUUUCUUCUGACAGAGCAGUAAAAGUGCAACUUGAGGACUUUUCUUAUUACAGCAACUUUGACUGAGUUUUAUUUUGGAUAAAUUUAGAUAAUUCUUUUUUAAAAUGAGGUUUAUCAUUUUAAACUGCGUAUGCGUGCAGAUGUUGUUGCUGCUGUGCGGGAUGUCGAGCUUCUCUCCCGUUAUUGCCGACGGACUCUCGGAGCGGCGUGACGGUGCGUGCCAGCCGGUCUCCAUCCCGCAGUGCGCCGACGUGUCCUACAACCAGACCAUCAUGCCGAAUCUCCUGGGCCACAACAACCAGGAGGAGGCGGCGCGGGCGAUGCGCUCCUUCGAGCCGCUGCUGAGCUCCGGUUGCUCGGCGGAGCUCACGUUCUUUCUGUGCGCGGCGUACGCGCCGGUGUGCACCGUGCUGGAGGAAGCCAUCCCGCCGUGUCGGGGCCUGUGCGAGUCGGUGCGGCGAGGAUGCGCGGCCCGCAUAGCCGAAGGAGGCGUCCAGUGGCCGGACAGACUUCGAUGCGAGGAACUCCCCGUGGAAGGAAGCCUCUGCGUGGGCAACACCACCUAACCUGCAGCAGGACAACUUCUUUGGCGUUUUCCCUUCGGUCAUUUUAAUCUGCUUUAUGAAAAAUGGUUGGAAAAUGGUCUGAGUAAUAAAUGUUACAAUACUGCAUACUCGUGUUAAACAAUGUCAAAGUAUCAAAUAAUAAAGUUCAUAAAGGUUUCCCUCA